AUGAAACGAAGCGGCCUCUCUUUUACCUCCAAGGUGAAAGACAUGCAAAUUUUCUUUGGGCUGAAUGUGUCGGGAAGACUGGACUCGGAUACCCUGGAGGUGAUGAGGAGUCCUCGAUGUGGCGUUCCAGACGUGGAGGAGUACAGCCACGCCCAGACGACGCGCUGGAAUAAGAAUGUCAUCACCUACAGCAUUGGCAGGUACACCAGAGAUUUGCCUCGCAGCACUGUGGACUCUUUGAUAGAGUCAGCUUUCAGCGUCUGGGCCAGAGCCAGCAGUCUGACGUUUGUCAGGUCAAACACUCGCAGUGCUGACAUCAUGGUGGAGUUUGCGAGCUAUGCACACGGUGACUUGUUUCCAUUUGACGGGCCUGGAAGGACACUGGCUCAUGCUUUCGGUCCGGGGUCAGGAAUCGGCGGGGACACACACUUUGAUGAUGCUGAGCGCUGGACAGCAGGAGAAACAGGUUUCAAUCUGUUUGUAGUGGCAGCUCACGAGUUUGGCCAUGCUUUGGGUCUGAAGCAUUCCAGAAACCGAGAGUCACUGAUGUUUCCAAACUACAAACCCUUCCGUUCAGCAAACCUGUUAUCCAGUGAAGAUGUAGCCAGCAUCAAAGCACUUUACAGUAAACACUUUGGAUGUAUUCCUGAGUAUCUCUGGAUUAAGCAUAAUCAUGAGGAUGACAUCAAGGAGGGUCCCAUCUCAAACUUUAUGCCCAAGAUUGAAACCAGCAUUGAUGCUGCCUUCUGGGUACCUCGCAGAUCCACUGCUUACCUUAUUCAUGACUCCAUGUUCUGGACAGUGAAAGGCUCUCUUGUGAAGGGAAAGCCCAGAGCACUAAGUCAGUUUGGGUUUCCAGUCUGGGUUCAGGAUGUAGAUGCAGCAGUGCACAUCGCCAAAACAGGACGAACUCUCUUCUUUAUGCAUGAUAUUUACUGGAGUUACAACGAAAACCGAAAGGUUAUGGAUUUUGGUUACCCAAGGUUCAUCAGCGAGGGCUUUCCUGGACUCAACAGCACAAUAAAUGCAGCUCUUCAUAAAGAUGGCUUCAUCUACUUCUUUGUGGGACCACAAGUCUACAAAUACGACUACACGCAGAAACUUGUUGUAGGAGUUGAGAAAGCAAAUUCCUGGCUUGGUUGUUAA